AUGACCGUCACCACCCCCCGCUGCUUCAUCGUCCGCCACGGCGAGACCGAGUGGUCCCUCUCCGGCAAGCACACCGGCACGACCGACAUCCCACUCACCAGCAACGGUGAGAAGCGCGUGCGAGCCACCGGCCGUGCCCUCGUCGGCGACGACCGCCUCGUCGUGCCCAAACAGCUCGUGCACAUCUACGUCUCCCCCCGCCACCGCGCCCAACGCACCCUCGAGCUCCUCGACAUCGGCUGCCACGACCCCUUCCCCUGGCAGACCUCCUCCUCGUUUACUCCUCAAACCCCACCACGCACCGACGCCCGCGUCACCGUCACCCCCGCCAUCGCCGAAUGGGACUACGGCGACUAUGAAGGCAUCACCUCGCCCUCCAUCCGCGCCCUGCGCCGCUCCCAAAACCUAUCCGAGAACUGGGACAUCUGGCGCGACGGCUGCCCCGGCGGCGAGUCCCCACAGCAGAUCAUCGCGCGCGUCGACGCUCUGAUCGCGGACAUCAGAGAGAAAUACCACAAGCCCGUCAUCGGGCGGCCCAUGAGCGAGACCAAGGGCAAAGGGGAUGUGAUGGUGGUGGGCCACGGCCAUAUCUUGCGCGCGUUUGCGAUCCGGUGGAUCGGGAAGCCGUUGACCGAGACGGCGUUUCUGAUGGAGGCCGGGGGCGUGGGCACGUUGAGCUACGAGCAUCAUAAUAUUGAGGAGCCGGCGAUCUUGUUGGGAGGUGGGUUCGUGGUGGGGGAAGGGGAGGGGGAGGAGGGGAAGAAAUAG